AUGUUUCAUGUUGGAGAUAGCGGCGUAAAACCUGACGAACCAUACGAAUUCUUUAUUCUCUCUUCUUACUUCUACAGGACUUCAAAAAGCCUUGGUAACAACUCUGUGGCUUUGGUAUUUACUGGAGAUCUCAGAGCACCCAGACAUUUUCGAAGAAUUCUCCUGGUUGGAUGGAAUAACGAGACAAAUGUCGUCGUCAACGCAACUAUUGAACGGAUAACUCCACAUAAUGUUUGUCGAUGGAUUUCAAUAUUUUCCACUUCGAUUAUGUUGCCCAACAUGGAACGACUCGCUAUAUCCGCAGGAAACAAGCUGGUUGAGAUUCCAUUCCGUGAGCCAUCGGUGAAGAAGCAUAGUGUGGUAACCUGCAUUGCUCCGCUGUUUGGCAAUGAGCAAUGGCAACAGGCACUCUUCGCAGCUCAUAUUUACAAAAAAUUCGGGACCUACAUGCAUCUAUAUGUUCGUAGUAUGGUUUCUCCUGUUUACCAGUUGCUCAGAAUCUACGAAGAAGAGGGUUACUUAAGUAUUCAACCGUGGCUACGGGUCACCUUGCUCACAAUUGACGACAGGGAUUUCAACCCAAACAUCAACAUCGAAUUUCGGAAUCAGGCAGCCGCACAGACCGAUUGCUUGCUCCAGAAACCGCUUUCAUACAUCGCGUUCAUGGAUCUUGACGACGUUUUGAUUCCAAGAAUGGCAAGAAAUUAUCUGGACGAGUUCGCCCAUCUUUUCCAUUCAAUGCCAAAUGUUGCGUACAUUCAUUACAUGAAGGAAAACACAAGGCUAGAUGUCGUUACAAGGAAUUCGGGCAGCUUUUCACUGAGGGCGAUGCUCUCAACUAUUCAUUUUGAACAUGUCAGUGAAACUGGGAAAAUGGUUGCCGAUCCAUUGCAAGUGAAUCACACUUGGAUACAUUAUCCUAAGAAAAUCGCACGUGGAAAGGAUAGCCUUGGUAACAACUCUGUGGCUUUGGUAUUUACUGGAGAUCUCAGAGCACCCAGACAUUUUCGAAGAAUUCUCCUGGUUGGAUGGAAUAACGAGACAAAUGUCGUCGUCAACGCAACUAUUGAACGGAUAACUCCACAUAAUGUUUGUCGAUGGAUUUCAAUAUUUUCCACUUCGAUUAUGUUGCCCAACAUGGAACGACUCGCUAUAUCCGCAGGAAACAAGCUGGUUGAGAUUCCAUUCCGUGAGCCAUCGGUGAAGAAGCAUAGUGUGGUAACCUGCAUUGCUCCGCUGUUUGGCAAUGAGCAAUGGCAACAGGCACUCUUCGCAGCUCAUAUUUACAAAAAGUGA